AUGAUUUAAAAUGCUUAGAAUUAACCUAAAAUGUUAAACUAAAUUCCAGAAUAUAUUUUAAAUAAUUAAGCUUUGAAUAAUGCGAUAAGUUAAUUACCAAAACAUUACAAUUUUGAAAUUCAUAAAACAAUAAGCAGAAUUAUUGAAACUUAAGAGAGACUCUAAAAAUAAAAUAUUUUAAUCAAUUUGUAAUUUCCAGAAGGACUAUUAUUAUAUUCAUGCAUGAUUUCAGAUAUUCUAACAACUUUUACAGGUUGUGAUACAUUUAUAAGUGGAGAUGUCACAUAUGGAGCAUGUUGUAUUGAUGAUUUGACAGCUGAUGAAAUGCAAGCUGAUUAUAUUAUUCAUUAUGGUCAUAGUUGUUUAGUACCUAUUAAUGAAUGUGCUGUUAAAACACUUUAUGUCUUUGUUGAAAUCAAUAUUGAUAUUAAACAUCUUUAUGAAACUAUUAAAAAGAACUUUCCUGAUAAGAAUAUCAAAUAUUAUUUGAUGGGUACAAUACAAUUUAAUACUUAUAUUCACUUACUUAGAAAAUAAUUAGAAGAAGAUGGAUAUAAAAUUGCAAUUCCCUAAGAAAAACCAAGAUCAUCAGGAGAAGUCUUGGGAUGCACUUCCCCUAAAUUAGAGGUAUCUUAAGAUAGUAGAAAUAUAGUAAUCUUUGUAUGUGAUGGAAGAUUUCAUAUGGAAUCAACAAUGAUUUAAAAUCCAUAAUUUGAAUUCUUUUAAUAUGAUCCAUACACUUAUAGAUUAACUAUUGAAAAAUAUGAUAAUCCAAAAAUGAUGAAUUUGCGAUAUUAAUAAAUAUUACAUUGUUAAAAAGUAUAGCCUUAGUUAGUAUGUAUAAUAAUGAGUACACUUGGAAGACAAGGCAGCACUCAGAUUUUAUCAAGAAUUGAAGAGUUAUUAAAGAAACAUCAAAUACAAUAUUUCACUCUUUUAAUAAGUGAAGUUAAUUUUGAAUAAUUAAAUUAAUUGAAUGAAGUGGAUGUAUUCAUAUAAAUUGCUUGUCCAAGACUUUCAAUUGAUUGGGGAGUCUAAUUUCAAAAACCAUUAUUAACUCCUUAUGAGACAUAUGUUAUGUUAGGAGAAGCUGAUUGGAAAUAAAUAUAUCCUAUGGAUUAUUAUUCUAAUAAUGGAGGAGCAUGGACUAAUUAUUAUCAUAAACAGAAAAUUAAAUUAAACUAUGAAUGA